AAACAACUUGCAGAAGUCGAUAUGGAACGUUUCGUAGAUGAAGUGGAUAUUGUUAUAGUGGGUGGUGGCCCAGCUGGCAUGUCGGCUGCCAUUAGAGCUAAACAAUUGGCUGCUGAACAGGAAAAAGAAAUACGUGUUUGUGUGGUAGAAAAAUCCGCAGAAGUUGGUGGUCAUAUUUUGUCAGGUGCUGUUAUUGAUCCCAUUUCUUUGGAUCAGCUUAUACCGGAUUGGAAAGAAUUGGGUGCUCCCCUAAAUACCCCAGUUGCAAAGGAUACCUUUUCGUUGUUGACACAAACCGGUCGCAUUCCUAUACCCAUUUUCAAGGGUUGGCCUAUGGAUAAUCAUGGCAACUAUGUUGUACGUUUGGGCCACUUAGUCAAGUGGUUGGGUGAACAGGCUGAGGCUUUGGGUGUGGAAAUCUAUCCCGGCUGUGCCGCCUCUGAGGUACUCUUCCAUGAAGAUGGCAGUGUUAAGGGUAUUGCUACCAAUGAUGUGGGUAUUGCCAAGGAUGGUUCACCUAAGGACACCUUUGCUCGUGGCAUGGAAUUGCAUGCUAAGACCACCAUCUUCGCCGAAGGUUGUCGUGGUCAUUUGAGCAAACAAAUUAUGCGUCAAUUCAAUAUGAAUGAGGGCAGUUUGCCACAAACCUAUGGCAUUGGUUUAAAGGAAAUUUGGGAAAUUCAACCAGAAAAACAUCAACCCGGUUUGGUUGAACACACAAUUGGUUGGCCCUUGGAUAAGUUCACCUAUGGUGGUUCCUUUUUAUAUCAUUUAAAUGAACCUACACCUACCAUAGCUGUAGGUUUUGUAGUAGGUUUAGAUUAUCAAAAUCCUUGGAUUAGUCCCUUCCAAGAAUUUCAACGUUUCAAGACUCAUCCUAAGGUUAGAGACACCUUUGAGGGUGCUACGCGCAUUGCCUAUGGUGCUCGUGCCAUUAACGAGGGUGGCAUACAGAGUUUGCCCAGUAAGUUAAUUCCUGGUGGUUGUUUGAUAGGCUGCAGUGCUGGUUUCCUUAAUGUGCCUAGGAUUAAGGGUUCCCAUUAUGCCAUGAAGAGUGGUAUGUUGGCUGCUGAAAGUGCCUACGAAGCUAUCAUGGGAGAAGCUCAAGAAACUGCCGGUUUUACUCCCAAAUCCUAUCCAGACAAAAUCAAAGACUCUUUUAUCUGGAAGGAUUUGCACAGUGUACGUAAUGUCCGUCCUAGUUUCCACAAUCCUUUGGGCAUGUAUGGUGGUUUACUACUUAGUGGUUUCUCCAUUUUCAUGGGUGGUCGUGAACCCUGGACUCUUAAACAUGGUCCUCCCGAUAAUAAAACACUCAAACCUGCCAGUCAAUGUCAACAAAUUGUUUAUCCCAAACCCGAUAACAAAAUCUCUUUCGAUUUAUUGUCCUCCGUGGCUUUAACCGGUACAAAUCAUGAAGGUGAUCAACCAGCCCAUUUAACCUUGAAAGAUGAUCGCAUACCAGUUGAUCAUAAUUUGGCUUUAUACGAGGGUCCCGAACAACGUUUCUGUCCCGCCGGUGUUUAUGAAUAUGUACCCAAUGAAGAGGGUGGCAAUAUGAAAUUGCAAAUUAAUGCCCAAAAUUGUAUUCAUUGCAAGACCUGUGAUAUUAAGGAUCCACAACAAAACAUUAACUGGGUUGUACCCGAGGGUGGCGGCGGCCCUGCUUACAAUGGCAUGUAAAUUUAUGGAAUCCAUAAUUAAUAUUAAAUAUAAAAGCUUUAUAAAAGCUUGGAAUUUUUUAUAUGUAUCAAAAAAA